ACAAAUGGGGGCCAAAUCCAGUAAAUCCAAAAGGCAACCCACAUCUGACGUACCCAAAGAAGGAUCCAAGCCAGCUACCGACGCUCCAAACUUUGUGCAAACCCCUCCCGAAAAACAUCUCUCGGCGGAUCCCGACACACCGCUCAAAAAAUCCCUUAAAAUAUGGUGCAAAACGUCUGAGCAAGCUCGCACGCAUCGGUUGGGGGAUUUGGUGGAUCUAUACGAUGAAAUCAUCAAACGGGGGGUGGUGUAUAGAGCUUCAUUACGAUGCGAUGAUGAUCCAACCACAGCCGUUGACCGUCUCGAAUCAUCCGGACAGAGUAUCAUUGAGAAGUUUCUGACGCCGGGAGGAUCGAGGGAUUUGACGCCCCUGCUGGGUGCCGAUGGUCAAUCUACUGUCACUCUAUCGAGUGUGGAUGGGUUUGAUGAGGUGUUAAACAGAGUUGUUUGGGCGUUUGUAGAGGGCGUCAGAGGGUGUGAUGUAGCGAGUAAUGGACAAUGAACAAGGAAAAACUGAUUCACGAACCAGAUAUAAACAAUUUUUGGGAAUCUAUCAUACAAGACUAUCUAUCGUACACUG